UCUAAUCAUAUCUUUUUGAUUUGCUUGUGUUGAGGUGGCUGAGAUGUUCACAGUGGUGGUGGAGGCCAAGGACCACGGUGACGUAGUCAGUCUGUCCAGCUCAAGCACUCUUAUCAUCCACGUCCAGGACGGCAACAACCACCUCCCAGCCUUCAGCGGACAAACAGGCUCUGGGAAAGUAAAAGAACAUGAAAUCGGUACAUCUCCUCUGCGGCUGCAUACGACAGACAAAGACACGCCAAACAGCGCGGCAUGGAGAGCUAGAUACACCAUUCAGGGCGACGAGGGAGCGCACUUCAAAAUAGAAACAGACCCGGACACCAACGAUGGGAUCCUGACGGUUGUAAAACCGUUAGACUUUGAGGAGGAGGUCCUGAGGGAGUUGACCAUCUCAGUGGAAAAUGAGGCGCCAUAUUUCACCUGUAAAGUGAAGGAGAGGCCGCCAUCGGGCCUCUGGAAAGUUGAAACCAGUAAAGGUGACGUUCCUCCGCCGGACACUGUAAAAGUUAGCAUUGAAGUGGAGGAUGUCAACGACCCCCCGGUGUUCAGUGUGAGUGUGAAAGAGGUCGCGUUGGAGGAAAACGCACCCAUCGGGACGUGGGUGGAGAAAGUGAACGCCGUGGAUCCUGACUCAAGAGAUUUUGUGUACAAGGUAGGAAGCGAUCCUGCUGGCUGGGUGAUGGUGGAUCCUCACACAGGAGACAUCACGACAGUCGGGACACCAGAUAGAGAAUCUCCUCAUGUCAGCGACGGCUUCUACACCAUCUUACUGCAUGCCUUGGAUGAUGGUAAAACUCAAAUUGAUGCUGACUGGCACUGA